AAUGGUUCAAUCAAGCUUUCAUUAAAAAAAUCUAAGCCUGAAGUGCCAUAAUAUAAAUCACUAAUCAAACACUUGGAUUUUCUGGAGCUCUUUCUACAUUUAUCUAAUUUACUAUUUGAGAUGUGUAGACUAUUAAAGCGGGAAUCAGCCUAAUAGUUUAAGAGAACCUGUCAAAUUCAUAUACAAUAAUACUAAUGAAAAGUUCGUCCAUUAAUUAACAAUGUGUUCCACAAGUUUAUAAUUAAGGAUUAAUAUAAAAACAUUAUGAACCAAAUUUUAUAGUGAAAGUAAUAAAGAACUGCUUUUUCAAUUUCAGACAAAGCAAAGUUGAGAAAAUCAUCAAAUCCAAACCAUUCUCAGUUUGCAACUGAGAGUAUAA